AAAACCAGAAAACAAAAUGGGUCGUCUUCACAGCAAGGGAAAGGGCAUUUCGUCCUCCGCCAUCCCCUACUCUCGCACCCCCCCGGCCUGGCUCAAGACCACCCCCGACCAGGUUGUCGACCAGAUCUGCAAGCUCGCUAAGAAGGGUGCCACUCCUUCGCAGAUUGGUGUUGUCCUCCGUGACUCGCACGGUGUUGCUCAGGUCAAGGUUGUUACUGGUAACAAGAUCCUCCGUAUCUUGAAGUCGAGCGGCCUCGCCCCCGAGCUUCCCGAGGACCUUUACUUCUUGAUCAAGAAGGCCGUCUCCGUCCGCAAGCACCUCGAGCGCAACCGCAAGGACACGGACUCCAAGUUCCGCCUGAUUCUCAUCGAGUCCCGUAUCCACCGUCUGUCCCGCUACUACAAGACCGUCGGUGUCCUCCCUCCCACUUGGAGAUACGAGUCCGCCACCGCCAGCACCCUGGUCGCUUAAACUUGAAAAACCGGUGGUUCUUUGGUUUGGGUUGUUGGGAUAAGGCUACGUUCGAGGAUGGUUUGUUUGCUGCGUCUGUAGAUGAUGUGGUGAUAGCGAGCUGUCU